AUGGCUAAUCGCGUCGCGCUCCGUCAUCGGCAGUCGGGAGGAGAUAUUCCCACCGCGGGGCGAUUGAAUGACGGCGGCCCCGACAGACUCUGCUAUAAACUAGACAUCUGCCUCCUCCCCUCGGGAACUCUGCGGCACGAGCGACACGCCGAUACGAAACCGACAUUUCCAUUCCACAAAAUGGCGCCUCACUGCCCGCCCCGCGGCAUCUACGUGCCCUGCGUCGCCUUUUUCCACGAGGAUGAGACGCUCGAUUUCGAGGCCAUCCGCGCGCACAUUACGCGCAUCGCCAAGGCGGGCGUCGACGGCCUGGUCAUCCAGGGCUCCAACGGCGAGGCGAUGCACAUGUCGCACGAGGAGCGCAUCCUAGUGUUGAAGCUGGCGCGCGCCAUCCUUGAUGAGCACGGCAAGCCGGACGCCACGAUCAUUGCGGGCGGUGGUGCGCAGUCCACGCGCGAAUCAAUCCAGCUAUGCAAGGAGGCUCACGAGGCGGGCGCAGAUUACGCGCUCGUCCUCAGCCCGAGCUACUGGCUCCCUGCGAUGCAAAAACCCGUCAUUUACAAGUACUUUGACGACGUGGCCACGGCAUCCCCCAUCCCGAUUCUGCUCUACAACUUCCCCGGGGUGACGGGCGGCAUCGAUCUCGACUCGGACCUGAUCAUCAGCCUGGCGGCCAGCAACAGCAACAUUGUCGGCUGCAAGCUGACGUGCGGCAACAUGGGGAAGCUGCAGCGGGUGGCGCACGACGCGCGCAUCGGCCGCGACUUUGCGGCGUUUGCGGGCAAGACGGAUUUUAUGCUGCACGGGCUCGUGGGCGGCUCGCACGGCGUCAUCGCGGCGGCGGCCAACCUCGUGCCCAAGCUGCACACGCUGAUGCUGCAGCUCUACGACGAGGGCAGGCUCCAGGAGGCGCAGGCACUGCAGACGCGGUUCAGUCGCGGCGACUGGGCGCUCGUGCAGCUGGGCGUCGCGGGCCUCAAGGCCGCGCUGGACAGGUACUAUGGAUACGGCGCGGGACGAAGCCGUCGUCCGUUGGGCGCCGUCGAUGCGGCCAAGUUUGACGGAGAGGCCGGCGCGCCACUACGAGAUCUGGUCGAGCACGAGAACUCGCUGCCGGAUAUCAAAUAG